CCUCUUCAUUGCCCGAACUUAACACCCAACACAUGUUUUUGUGCCUUCUCCCCAGAUAGUUGUGCAGUCCAUUUUACCUUCAAGUUAACAUAUAGUUGUAAGCCGGAAGUUUCUUUUAUAACAACUUUCAUUUCCUACACAUUUAUUUUUUCUGUAAGUGAUUGCUAUUCACCUUGCUAGGUAGAGAUGGGCAUUCCUAUUUCCUUCCGAAUGAAACCUAACAGGAAAUCCACACUUCCUAUUUUUUCUGUUUCAAAUUGUAAAACUUGGGGAAAUUUAGCAAAAUUCUUAGGUUUGGAGGGCAAGGCCAGGGUGAGCUCUCCCUCAAAAAGGCAAGGGAGUUGUGAAGAAGGCAAAAUACCAGCCCAGGUAUUCGUCUUGCUGGGUGUUCGGGGAGAGAAACUGCAGGACUCCGACAGCUGCGGAUACGCCUUUGUGUCAAUGUCCGAAUGACACCCGGGUUGGCUGACAACUACCGAAAAGUAAGGCUGGUGCCAAAUAAAGAGGCAGCAAAAGAGAAAAUGCGCCGUUUUACGAUCCGCCAAUAGUCCAGUUCUUUCCUUCGACCUCUCGAGGACGAGAAGGAGAUCGGCGCGCCUCCACGUUUAUUCUCCCCUCAGACCCCCGAACCUGAUCCCCAAGGGCCAACCAAGCGCGACAGGCAAACUUGGGCUGGCUCUCCUCUCCUCCAAGACGCUGCCCGGCCGUCGCCCUGGCUAUCCGCUGGGCUACUGCCAUCUCUGUGGAGCCCGAAGGCUGUGUGGAAAAAUCGUCAGGUGGGCCAGAGACUCAGUCCCGCCCUCCCGCAGGGCAGCGCACUGCUGUUAGUGCCUACAUCGCUCCCGGCAAGCGGCGACAGACGGCGGAGCAGUGGCGGCCCAGCAUUCCCGAGGAGGCGAUGGACAAAGCGGAGAUGGCGAUGAUGCCCCUACAGCCAUGGGGAGAAGAGACUGAAGAUGGAGCCAUCUAUAGCAUCACCCUUGAGCGAGUGAAGGCAGAGCCUGCAGCCAGUGGAGCAUCUUCCUUGAAGGAGCUUCCAGAAACAUCAGAAUGUCCUUUUGUCCAGUACCGUACUUGCAAGAGGCGCACAUUGCGGGCUGCCACACUUCCCCAACUAGUGAAAUGGCUGCUGACAGCCAACAAGGAGGGUGACCUCGACUACACAUCUAGCUUCCUGGCUACCUAUCAAGCCUUUACUACUCUCAUGCAAGUGUUGGAGUUGCUGCUGCCUCUGGGACCAGACAAGGCAGUACUCCAUAUAUUGGAACAGUGGCUACAGCAUCACCCUGAGGAUUUCUGGGAACCUCCAGAAUACCCUAAUCUGCACAAAAUAUUGUGUUUCCUUCAUCAAUCUGCUCCUAACUCCCCAGUGUGUGCUUUGGCAAAAGGAUUGCUACAAACCCACAAAGAAAAGGAGGCAGAUGGAGGCAACUCCCCAGGGAUGAGACCAUCACAGGUUAUCACAGAGGCAGUUGGGACAGAUGACUGUGAGGAGAUACCAGCACUGAUGUCGUUCUCUGUGAAUGAAGUGGCCGAACAGCUGACACUGAUGGAUGCUCACCUGUUUAGAGCAGUGCUACCCUUCCACUGCCUUGGCUGCAUUUGGUCCCAACGAGACAAGAAGGAGAAUCAGCACAUGGCUCCCAGUGUCCGUGCUACUGUGACCCAGUUUAAUGCAGUCACCAGCUGUGUCAUCACAUCUGUGCUAGGGGAUCUGGCCAUGCGCAUUCCCCAGCGUGCACACCUGCUGGAGAAGUGGAUCCAAAUUGCUAGACAAUGCCGGGCCUUAAGGAAUUUCUCCUCACUGUACGCCAUCCUCUCUGCUCUCCAGUCCAACUCUAUUUACCGAUUAAAGCGCACCUGGGCUGCAGUCAACAGAGACAUCAGGAACUCCUUUCGAAAGCUCUCACAGAUCUUCUCCGAAGAUCACAAUCACUUGAACUGCCGAGAAAUCUUGCUGCAGGAAGGAGAUACUCAGGGUCCUUGCGAUGGAUGGAGAAAUCGUCAAACACCAGUCAGGACUUCUCUGAAGAUACCUACCAUCCCAUACCUUGGCAUCUUUUUAACUGAUCUGAUCAUGUUGGAUACAGCACUGCCAGAUUUUGUAGAGGGUCAGCUUAUUAACUUUGAGAAGAGGCGCAAGGAAGCAGCAGUCCUCUUCUGCAUCUGUCAUCUGCAACAGUCCUGUCAGGGAUACAAUCUUUGCCUGAAUCCAUCCUUCCACUUGGCCUUCCACCACCAGCGGCAGCUUUCUGAAGACCAGAGCUACUACAUUUCUUGUAUGAUAGAGCCACCAACUGAUUCCUGCCCCAACUCACCAAAGCUGCAUCGCAGUCUGACCAAACGCUUCAACUCAGAGGCUGAUGCAAUUCGUAUUCACACCUGCAGAUUGGCUGGACUCCACAUCGGAAGACUCCUCUUGAGCUCAGAAACAUCUGCAACUCCUUCUGGGUCUGAAAAGACUGGAACUAUGCCAUUGGGUUCCUAUAGUAGCCUUAGCUCUGAAGAUGGAUCCAGUGUCCCUUGCUCCCCAACAUGGGUAUCCCCUGACAUCAAGGAUCCACCUAUAACUCAGUGGAAAACCUGUCCUCUGCGUGAGCAGCCUGUGCCACCUUCCAUGUCUAAACAGGGAGAAACAGAAACUCGCAUUGUCCGUGUCCAUAUGAACAGUAUCUGCGGAAAUGGAAACCUUUAUCGCAGCAUUCUGAUCACUAGCCAGGAUAAGACUACAGCUGUGAUACAGCGGGCCUUGCAGAAGCACAAACUGGAAGAGGACUCACCAUGCAACUACCAACUUCUGCAACUUCUGGGAGAUGGUCAAGAGAAAUGGUUGUCCAAUCUCUUCUUAAAAACCUCCAAUGUUGGAGCAUCCACAAAUUCUAGAGAGCUGCUGAUUCCCGACAGUGCAAAUGUUUUCUAUGCCAUGAAUCCUGCUGGACCCCAUGACUUCUUCCUGCUCCAGAAAAAGGGAAUCACCAGCAAAUCACACUUGAGGAUAAAGCCUGGGAACCAAGCUGCUCUUUGUCACAUUCCCUCUCUCAAAGAUUUUGACGCCAGUGCCCUUGCCAGUUCAUGCUUCAUAUUUUCACAUAGUGCACCGAAUAGCCCAGUUUCCCUUUCUCCAUCACCCUCUGCUGAGGAUCCACACUUUAGAUCAUGUCUUUCAACACACCCAUUUCCAGCUCCUUCCUCCUGGUUCCUGGAAAAUCAGUCAGCAAUAGACACACCUGAUUCUCCUCCUCCCUGUCUGUCUCUUCCUCAAAACCCGUUUCCCUUGGAAACCAGGAGCCCAGUUCCCCCUCAUGAUGUGCAGAAAUUGUUGGCACCUCCUUCUGUGCCACAAUCACCUUCUUAUGCCUCUAAGAGGAUAUCAUUUUGGUCAAAGUCCCCACCAACAUCGCCUAUAGAAAUCCAGAGUAAUCAAGAGUUGAACAGCAUAGGAACUGAUCUUCAAAGCCAGAGAUAGCUUGUCUGAUUAUAACACUUCUGUAACACAUGCAGGUGGCUAAGGAACCGAAGAACCCACAAAAGAUUGUAAUUAUUCUGAAUUGGUCAUCUGUGGGAUCCAGCUCUGUUCACUCAGAUUCCUUCUGAGAGAUCUACAGUCAUACUUCCCAAAAGUCAUCAAUUCCAAAAAGCAGCUUUUGCCAUCUAUGGUUACAAGGAGCAAUUUGAGAAGUUCCCAAAUGAUAGUGCCUGGUUGCUUCAAAAAACUGAGCUAGUCAUAAGGAAAGGUAAUGUUCACAUAUUCAUGACCUCCAAAAUUUAAUAGUGUAGUCAAGGGCAGAUAGAUACUCUGUGAUAGUGCUAUUUAUGCUAUGUGAAAGCAUACAUUUUUUUACAUGAUUCUGUAAUAUUUCCCAUUUUUGUGGCUUGUAGAACUACCAUGUGGAGUCCACACAAUCUAUCCCAGCUUUGCUGCAGAGACCCACCAUAUCCCAAACACAGUGGUAGGCAGGUAUGAGAAGUUUCAAUAAACCUGUCCUGCACCCUUUAAGCCUUCUUCUUUCCUGCUCUCCAGAUAUUCCAGUUACUGUGAGAAUGCACACAUUUCAAAGAGCAGAACAAAUCUUUUUUUAAUUAAAUUAAUCAAGAUUCUCCGAAUGCCAGUAUAUCCAGAAAAUGCCAGAAAAUUAUUUAGUGCUGCUUCCUCAAUUCUAUCACAGUUAUCAGUGACAGGGUUGGAAUAAUUUUAUGAACAAGAUGCAUGAGGCAGCUAAUAUAAGAACCAAACAGUAGUCCAUAUAAAUGCUAAGACAAGUCUGCCCAACUCCCUUGAGGCUUUGAAGAUACUGCCCACUCCCCCAAAGCUGUAAUUCAAUCAUUUAACUCAUUCCCUGAGUCAGAAAAAAAAUUGGAUUACGUGUAGGCCUAAAAACAACAAGGGCCAGGACUUUAUUUUUGCUGUCUUAAACUGAGAAUGUGUCAAUCCAGAAACUAAGAAAGACACAUGGUGGUUCUUCCAAAGAGAUUUCUUUAUUGUUCCACACAAGACAGAAUCUUGCCAAACUGAAGCAUUCUAUUAUUUACACCCAGCAUAUACUAUGAGAACUAAUAGGGGAGGAGCUGUUGUCACCCCCUUUCUCUCACACAAAAAGCUGGACUGGGCUGCCUCUUAUUUCUCUGAAAUGCACCCCUUGUCCUGGGAAUCCAGCCUUCUACAUCAGGGGUGUGUUUCAUUUACCUUUGCUACCGGUUUGCAACAGGAACACACAUGCGUGCUCACUUCGCUCGCACACGGCACUUCUGCACAUGCGCAGAUUGUGAUGACGUCUGGGCGGGUAGGUGGAGCCUCCCGUUGCCAUUACUACUGGUUUGCAACAUCCGGACUGAACCGGUAGCAACCCACCACUGUUCUACAUUCCAUCACAUUGGGAAAGGACAAAUUGGAGACCCCCCAAAGGUUCACCAGUAACCUUACCAAGGAUAGUCUUGAGGUGAUCUAUUAUCCUGGCCAAAGUAGGAACAUUAACAUAUGAUACACAGUUGCUAGAUUCUUUUCCUUUGUUGAUGUUUGAGACUUUAGCACUUGAAAUACAUGUUGCUCUGUGGUCUAGGGAGAGUUUCCCUCUCCCACAAUUUAUCUGGCAGGCCCCGCUUUCUCUGUUCUUGCUACUCGCUUCCUAAAGCGAAAGGUGCUUUGAUUUAGUUUUCAGACGAAGGGAAAAUAAAUUGAUUGGGUAUGCAACAAUUUUCACUCAGAGAACAGUGUGGUUUAUCUCUUAGAAAUUUCAGAGACAACCCUGAAUUGCCCUUGAAUU